AUGGCGAAAAAGUCAAAGAAAGGCGGCAAGUCUGGCGGCGACUUCUGGGACGAAGAGCCAGAUGUAGAGCAAAGCAUUGAAGCUUCCCCUGAAGGAGAAGAUUCUGAGGCUCUAGACCAGGAGGAAACACCUGCGAGCGAUGACUUCCUCAGUUCUAUUCGAAGCUCCAAGAAAAAGAAAGAAGCUAAAGAGAAAGAAGAGAAGGAAAAAAAAGAUGGACCUAAGCUUUUGAGUAAGAAAGAGAAAGAAAAGUUGAAGAAGGAGGCAGAGAAGCAGGCGAAGAAGGAAGCGGCCGCUAAAAAGAAGGCGGACCAAGCAGCGAAGAAGGAGCAGAUCAAAGAAGCCAACAAGCAAAACGCUGCAGCAAAUGCUGAGAAGAAAGCAGAGUCUCACAAAUCUCCAAGUCCCUCGGAAGAUUCACCAGAGAGUAAAUCACAACCAAAGAAAGGCAAGAAAGCACCUGCUGGUAUCGCUGCUUUGAGGAAGCAGCUCGAACUCAAGAAGCAAAUGGAGGAAGAGCAGCGCCGUAUCGAGGAAGAAGAAGAAGAGCGCCGUUUAGAGGCAGAAAGAUCUGCUGCUCAGAAAGAAGCGGAAGCUGAAGCAGCCCGCGAGGCAAAGAAAGAAAGGGACCGUCUCAAGAAAGAGAAAUUGAAGGCAGAAGGCAAGUUGUUAUCGAAGAAACAGCGAGAGGAGAAGAAGUUGCAGGAGCGCCGUCGUGAGCUACUUUUGCAAGGGAGUGGUAUUAGCGUUGCUGGAUUGGAGAAGAAAGAUGGUACUGAAAGGACUGAGAAAGGGAAACGCGUGGUAUACUCCAAAAAGAAGCCAACAAAGUCAAAGAAAGAAGAGUCACAGUCCAAGAUGGAUCAAGAAGCUAAGGCCGAUGAAGAGGUUUUGGAUGAUUGGGAACAGAUGCUCGACGAAGACAAUGAUGAUCAUGGAGAUUCCGGUCACAAACAGGAAGUCGAGGAGAGUAAUGAGACUUCAGAACUCUCUGGAGAAGCUGAUGUCACAUCAAAGAGCGCUACAGAGCAGACACUCGAUGAAGAUUCUAAGACACUGGAUAAUCUGAGCCACGGAAAUGUACAAGCGGUCCAGGAAAUAUCCUCGUCGCAGCCAGUGGUUGAAAGAGAUACUGCCUCUAUUGGGAAGGAGAUGCGUUCUCCUAUUUGUUGCAUCCUUGGUCAUGUCGAUACAGGCAAAACCAAAUUGUUGGACAAAAUCCGCCAGACCAAUGUUCAAGGUGGCGAAGCCGGUGGUAUCACGCAACAAAUCGGUGCUACAUACUUUCCAGUUGAUGCUAUAAAGCAGAAGACUGCAGUGAUGGCCCAAUACGAGAAGCAAUUCUUUGAUGUUCCGGGUCUUUUGAUCAUCGAUACGCCAGGCCACGAGUCUUUCACUAAUUUGAGAUCUCGUGGUUCAUCUCUUUGCAACAUUGCAAUCCUUGUCAUUGAUAUCAUGCAUGGGUUGGAGCAGCAAACCCUAGAAUCGAUCAGACUUUUGAGGGAUAGGAAAGCCCCUUUUGUUGUCGCUCUUAACAAGAUUGAUCGUCUUUAUGACUGGGAAGCGACCCCCAAUAACUCAUUCCGUGACUCGUUUACUAAACAGAAUAAGUCCGUUCAAAGCGAGUUCUCCAACAGGUUUGAGCAAAUUAAGCUUGCGCUCGCCGAACAAGGUUUGAACUCGGAACUUUACUUCCAGAAUAAGAACAUGUCAAAGUACGUCUCAAUCGUGCCUACUUCAGCAGUCACAGGAGAGGGUGUACCGGAUCUUUUAUGGUUAUUGCUCGAAUUGACCCAGAAAAGAAUGUCAAAGCAGUUGAUGUAUUUGUCUAAGGUUGCUGCUACGAUUCUAGAAGUUAAGGUUGUCGAAGGUUUCGGUUACACUAUCGACGUUGUCCUUUCUAAUGGUGUUUUGAAAGAAGGUGAUCGAGUAGUCCUUUGUGGCCUCAAUGGACCCAUUGCCACAAACAUUAGGGCAUUACUCACGCCCCCACCUUCGAGGGAAUUGCGUAUAAAGUCAGAGUAUGUUCACCACAAGGAGGUCAAAGCUGCGUUGGGUGUGAAAAUUGCUGCAAAUGAUCUCGAGAAAGCCGUUGCCGGCUCGCGUUUACUUGUUGUAGGACCAGACGAUGACGAGGAUGAGCUUAUGGAGGAAGUAAUGGACGACUUAACGGGCUUAUUAGAUUCUGUUGAUACAUCAGGCAGAGGAGUCGUUGUUCAAGCUUCCACCUUGGGAUCUCUUGAAGCUUUGCUUGACUUUUUGAAGGACAUGAAGAUUCCAGUCAUGUCUAUUGGACUUGGCCCGGUUUACAAGAGAGAUGUAAUGAAGGCGACUGCAAUGCUUGAAAAAGCGCCUGAAUUUGCCGUCAUGUUGUGCUUCGAUGUUAAAAUUGAUAAGGAAGCUGAGCAAUACGCAGAGGAGCAGAAUGUUAAGAUUUUUAACGCCGAUAUUAUUUAUCAUUUGUUUGACGCUUUCUCAGCUUAUCAAGCUAAAUUGCUUGAGGCAAGGCGGAAAGAAUUCAUGGAGUAUGCCGUUAUUCCAUGCGUUUUAAAGACGAUUCAAAUCAUUAACAAAAGGAAUCCAAUGAUUAUUGGUGUCGAUGUGAUGGAAGGAACAGUCAAAAUAGGCACGCCUAUUUGCGCUGUGAAAAAAGACCCUACCACGGGCUCAUCAAAUGUGUUGGUCCUUGGUAAGGUUGUCUCUUUAGAGGUCAACCAUAAGUCCGCUGAUCUGGUCAAGAAGGGUCAGACAGCAGCUGGUGUCGCUAUGAGGUUGGAGAACCCAUCCAGUGCCCAACCUACGUGGGGCAGACAUGUGGAUGAAUCUGACAAUCUAUACUCCUUGAUUUCCAGACGCUCUAUUGACACAUUGAAAGACCCUGCAUUCCGUGACACCGUUCUGAGAGAUGAUUGGCUCCUAAUCAAGAAAUUGAAGCCUGUUUUUGAUAUCAAGUAA